GUCCUUGGCCUGGGACAUGCGGCUGCUCGCGCGCACUGUCCGCGCGGCGCAAGGGCUGAGCGCGGCCCCGCCCCCCGCCAGGAGCUGCCGCGGGGCCGCCGGGGCCGCUGUGCAGGGACGCGCCGCGCAGCAGCCGCGGCGCCCGCUGAGCUCCUGGCCCGGCCUGGAGACGCUGUUCGCCGCCCCCGCGCUGCGCCGCUUCCUAGAGGAGCAGGCGGGGGGUCGGGCCGGCCCCGAGCUGCGAGCGCGGAUACAGCGGCUGGGGGCAAAGGAGCAGGAGCUGCGGGACACGCAAGAGCUGGCACGAGCAGAUGAGAAUGAAGAUUUGCAGAAGCUUGCAGAAGAGGAAAUAGUUUCCUGUCAGGAAGAGAUAACUGAAUUGAAGCGCCAGAUAGUAUUGCAUUUGAUUCCUUCAGAAGAAACAGACAACAGUGAUUUGGUCAUGGAAGUAACUGCUGGAGUUGGUGGACAGGAAGCCAUGCUGUUCACUGCAGAGAUAUUUGAUAUGUAUCAACAAUAUGCUGCAUAUAAAAACUGGAGAUUUGAAAUACUGGAAUAUUUUCCAAGUGAAAUAGGUGGCCUGAGACAUGCAGCUGCCAGUAUAACAGGUCUUGAAGCAUACAAGCAUAUGAAGUUUGAAGGAGGCGUGCAUCGUGUUCAGCGAGUGCCAAAGACAGAAAAGCAAGGCCGUAUUCACACCAGUACAAUGACUAUUGCACUAUUACCUCAACCCAUGGAGAUCAAUCUGAUAAUUAAUCCUAAAGAUUUACAAAUUGAAACUAAGCGAGCCAGUGGAGCUGGGGGCCAGCAUGUAAAUACAACUGACAGUGCUGUACGGAUAGUUCAUAUUCCAACAGGUGUAGUGUCGGAAUGUCAACAAGAGAGAUCUCAAAUCAGAAAUAAAGAGAAGGCUAUGCAAAUGCUUCGUGCUAAACUAUACAGCAUCAAACUAGAAGAAGAGACAACAAAGAGAUACAAUGCCAGAAAGAUUCAGAUAGGGACCAAAGGAAGAUCCGAGAAGAUCAGAACAUACAACUUUCCACAGGAUCGUGUAACUGACCACAGGAUAAACAGAACAGUGCAUCAUAUUGAAAGUUUUAUGUUAGGGGAAGAACUGCUAGAUGAAAUGAUAACAUCCCUGAGGGAAUAUGCGGAUUAUGAAACUUUAAUGGAAAUUAUUUCAGAAAAUGUAAAAACAAAUCUGACCUGAACUUUGUUCUUUGCUAAGCCCUGUAAUGACAGAUAUGGCUACCCUGACACAAAUUAGCCGCAUGGCUGUUUGCUGGAGCAUCACACAGGAGGUGUAAACUGUAAUUCAGAGCAUCAAAAAGGAUUAAUUUAUCUCUUCAUGACUGCUAAACAGUUUUUCCUACUUGCUGGAGUAGAAGACUAUAGACUUUUGUAUGAGACAACUACAGUGUAGAAAAUCUAAAGUAAAUAUGAUUGAGUUUGACGUGA